UAUUGUAGCCAAAUGUAUAAAAUUUAUAAAUUAAUUGAUAAAUAAAAAAUAAAGUAAAGUAGCAAAUAGCCAAAUUAUAUAAAAUCUUAAUAAAUGCGAUGGGAAGAGUUAGGUUUUUGCAGGGAGAGAUAUUUCAAUUGUCAAAUAGCUAAACACCCAUAGCCAUAGCCAUAGCCCAUUGCAAUUUGAUCUCUAGUUUUGUUUGUGUUGGUUAGAAAUCAAUUGUUAUUGUUGAAUUAGGAUAUUUUUGUCAAUGGGAAUGGAUUUUCCGAUGAUGGGAAAAUGUGUAUCUAUGUUCAUCUGUAUAUUGGCAGCAUCGGCGACGACGUCUUUCCGGCCGGUGUAUUCUUCACCUACUUGUCAACGUCAUUUCAAAUCAUUUCUUCACGAUCUCAAUUCUCAGUGCCCGCUCUUCAUCCCCUCUUCUUCGCCAAUCCAGGUGGAUGGAGAAUCAUUAGAAAGAGCUAUGAGCUCCAGUCAGAAAAAUGAAUAUACGGCUGUUCUUUUCUAUGCUUCAUGGUGUCCAUUCUCAAGCAUCUUUCAGUCAAAGUUUUCUACUCUCAGUUCCAUGUAUCCGCAGGUCAAACAUCUAAUGGUCGAACAAACUUCAGUCCUGCCCAGUGUAUUUUCGAGAUAUGGGAUUCACAGUGUACCCUCGCUAUUGAUAGUGGAUCAGAAAUCAAGAAUGAGAUAUCAUGGUCAAAAAGAUCUUCAGUCUCUUGUAAAUUUCUACAGAAAAAAGACAGGGCUGGAUCCUGUAGUGGAUAUGGUUGAAGAUACAUCAUGUCAUUCGAAGAGCGAUCAAAAAGUUUCUCAGCUUUGGAAUGGAGCAUCGUUGAAGGAAAAAUUCCUGAAGGAACCUUAUCUAUUAUUCUCGAUAUUAUUUGUCAUGUCAAGGGGUUUUCAAUAUCUAUUCUCAGAGAUUGCGCCUCAUAUAAUGGCUAUAUGGGCAGCAUAUGUUCCUCAUUUGAAUAUUGGGAUUUUUGGAGAUUCGAGGCAGAUAAUAGGGCGAGUGUUGCAUGUGAUUGAUGUGAAUGGAAUUUGGAGCAAGCUGAAGAUGUGUAAAACAAGAAACUUCCAUAGAGGGGCGAGAAAUGCUCGGGUUUGGGCAUCAUCUCUGACAUCUUGAGAGCGCUGUAAAACUAGUUGAGGCUCGGCUCGUAAACGGAAGGAACUUCUGUGCUCCCUAUCUUCCUCUUAAUGUGAACUUCAAUUCUUGCAUACUUUGUAUUGAGAGUCACUAUACUCUAUGUAAAGACAUUUUGAGAUGUCUCUUGUAAUUUCAGUUGUAGAGAGAGGAAACACCAUGUAAAUUUUAACCAUUUUCAUUUUUUGUGUACAUUAUUUAUUGACAAUCGGUCCUGUAAAUUCUACGUUUGGGAAAUAGGUAAUUUUGCACUUA